UGUUAUCACAUCAAGUUAACGUCACUUCGUUGUGCAACUCUGGUUUUUUCUCUCUUCAACGAGACGGAAAUAGUUUAAAAUUGUUAGACAGUCGGUAAUAUACAAAAUUAUACCUUAUUACGUGUCAUGAGCGCAGCAGGCUAAACUUGAGCUUACUUAUACAGGCGGAAUUCUGGUAAAAUUUGGGAAUUUAAUCAUUGAGAACAGAUUAAAAGUUAUCCCAAAGAUGCACAGGCUAGCAGAAGCAGAAAACCAAUAUGUCACUUUGAUAAUGAUCACGCUUCAAGUCAUCCUCAUUUCAGGAUUGAUUCCGAACCUGCCAGAGGACAUUGAAAGAAAAUGUCUUAGGGAUGGAAUAAAACCGGACAUCGUGGACGUAAUUCCCGAUUUUGAAAUUGAGGUUAUGUUCGGAGAUGGGGUGCUCGUUGAGUUCGGAAAUGAAAUCAAUGAGAGAGAGUGUCAGGAGGAACCAAACGUUUUAUGGCCGUUCGAGAAAAAUACGACACAUUAUACACUCAUAAUGACAGAUCCAGAUUAUCCCACCCGCUCAAAUGCCUCACAGCGGGAAUUUCAGCAUUGGCUCAUUGGGAAUAUUCCAGGAACGGUUGAGGGGAAUGGUGAAGAGUUAACCCCCUGGUAUCCUCCUCAUCCAAUUAAAUUUGGCGGAUUCCACAGGUAUACGUUCAUUGUCUUCAUGCAACCGGAGGGGGAAAAAAUUAAGUUUGACGAACCUAAACUGAACGACUCUGUACAUGGACGAGCACAUUUCAACACUAAGAAGUUUGCGGCCAAGUACAAUUUAGGAGAUCCGGUGGCGAUUAAUUAUUUCCGUGCCGAGUCUUUUUACGGAUGAGGAAACAGUCUAGUGAUUGGAGGCAGAGGAUAAUCAUCGAUGGAUAAUUCUGUGAAAUAUUUCAGGAGUCUAUCUUUCGCAAAAAAUAAACUAAAUCACCUCUAUUUAUAAUUUUCACAAGAAUAAAUUACGAGUUUAAAUCUUCA